AUGCUCUACUCUGCCAACGGCAAAGUCUACAUCGCCGCGCGCUCGGAAGACAAAGCCACCAAAGCUAUUGCUGAUAUUCAAGCUGCCAAUCUGUCAUCAAAAGGCAGCCUUAUCUUCCUGCAUCUCGACCUGGCAGAUCUUGCCACCAUCAAAGCGACAGUGCAAUCGUUCCUCUCUAGAGAGGAAAAAUUGCAUGUGUUGUUUAACAAUGCAGGUGUCAUGUCCGUUCCGUCUGUCCCGGACCGCACGCCCCAAGGCUACGAGAUGAACCUGGGCGUGAACAACGUAGGAACGUUUCUGCUGACCAAGCUACUGACUCCCAUCUUGGUCUCAACCGCGCAGACCGAAUCGCCGGGUGUAGUUCGCGUGGUCUGGGUCUCGUCGACCAUAGAUCUUGCAGCCGCGAAAAACGUCGGCGUCCCACUCGACGAUCUCGAAUAUCGAAAGAAGGAGGUGCCAGGCAUGAAUCGCUACGGGCUAAGCAAGACAGGCAACUGGCUCCAUGCAGUCGAGUAUGCGAAGCUGCACAAAUCCGACGGCGUCGUUUGCGUGCCUGUCAACCCAGGGAAUUUGAACAGCGAGCUCGCAAGGGAGCACACCCGAUUUAUGCAGUGGAUACUGAGUUUCAUUGUACAUCCGGUAUAUUUGGGGGCUUAUAGUUUGUUGUUCGCGGGGUUGAGCCCGGUGGUCACGGUUGAGAAGUCGGGAACUUUUAUAUGGCCGUGGGGUCGGUUUGGGACCGUUAGGCAGGACCUUGUGGCCGCAACGAAGAGCGAGACGGAUGGUGGCAAUGGCAACGCAAAGAAGUUCUGGGAUUGGACUGAGGAGCAGGUGGAGAAGUACGUCUGA